AUGCCAGAAGCACGGCCAAGGAUGCAGCCAGUUGUGUUUGGAGAAAGUAUCGAAGUGAAUCCUGAGCCAGUACAAGAAAUCAGGUGCAAUUCUGAGAUCAAAUAUGAUUCAGAGAAGCAUUACCGAGAUCACGUUUUGUAUGCCCCAGUUCCAACCAUUACUUCCUACAGUGAGACCAUAAUCUCCACUCCAAACUGCACAUGGAGGAAUUAUAAAUCUCAGCUGCUCUUUGAACCUCGCAACAAACCUUUAAGGUUUCAAAGUACAACCAUCAUAUUCCCCAAACAUGCCAAGAACAUUUACAGAACAACACUCAAUUACAAUUGUGGGGGGGCCAAGAAAUGGUUUGCGUCUAGUGUGCAACUGGAACUGUGCGAGGAAACAAGCCCAUGUAUUAUAUAUACUGACAACCUAUAA